AUGACUCGCUUCGGGGACUUCAAGCCCCUCUGCUCCCAGGUGCCGUCCUAUCCCUGGUGCAAUCUCUUCUACCGCCAGGUCGAACACCACAACAGCUCUGUCUUCAAUUCCGUCUCCAGCGAUCCAGCCACCGCGCCUGUAGGUGUGAACCCAGAGUGUGCCAUCCCCCGCGCCGGCAACGGCAACCUGGGCAACAUCGCCAACACCGUCGCCUGUGCCCUCAGCAUCGUCUUCGUCGGUCUCCUCAUCUUCUGGACAUCUAGGAGGAGGGCUGCUGUUGGUCGUCUCGAGUUCCGCAUCUUCCUCGUCCUCUACUUCCUCACCCUCCCCCUCCAACUUCUCUCCACCGGCUCCUUCCUUGAGCAAGGUUCAACCGCUCUCACCGCCAUCACCGCUGUCCAUGCCGGUCUCGUCACUGCCACCUUUUGGGCCUUGCUCGCAAAUGCGAUCGUGAGCACGCAGGUAGUUGAGGAUGGCACAAUCAGCGCGCUCUUGCCGUUCGACUUCUUCGCCGCCGCCUUCUUCGCUGCCACGACCUACAUCGCUCUUGAUGUCGCCUUCUCCUUCAGCAACGUCUUCGGUCCCUCGAAUCCGCUAUCUGACCUGAAUAGCAUCGCGCUUUUCGUCCUCACCAGUAUCUGGCCCGGCGUUGCCGUGAUCCUGUAUCUCGUCAUCAUGACUUAUGUCGUGCUUGGGAUGCUGAACGAGGUCCGCCCGAUGUGGUACUACGUGCUCGCCGCCGUCCUCUUUGUGCUCAGCCAGCUCGACUUCUUCCUGCUCGGCAAGGUGAUCUGCAACGGUACGAACAACAAAGUCGACGGCUCGUUCGUAGCGACAAUACUCGAGACCGCAGCAGUAGGCGUGCUGUACGCGGCAUGGAGAAGCAUCACGGAAGAAUCGUGGGAAGACGAGGUGUACUACCCACGGUAA